AUGGCAGGUCAAUGGUCCAUAGAGUCAAAUAAAAUUAUAUUUACAGCUAAACCACGUUCCCUGGUAAACAAAAUUGCUGUUGCUACUGGCUUUGAUUAUCCAGACUAUUGUAGUGGUCGAGAACAUGAUCGAUUUAAAAUUAUUGAAAUUCAGAGCGAAGUUGUGCAAGUUAUGAUAGCACGGGCGUAUGAUGAAGUGGAAGCACUCGAUCUACAAUUACUUUGCGGUAUAUCAGUUACAAAUGUUCUUACUAAAGCAUCAUUCAAUAUUGUUCGUUCAUUCAGCCAUCUUGAUUGUCAACUAUCAUUGUCUGAAAGUGAUAACUAUUUUUGUGAAACUAAUACAGAUUGGAAUGAACGAAAAAGAGUUUAUAAUAUGCAAAAUAAACGUAAUUUACUAAAAAUAAAACAUUCGAUAUUUUUUCUAACAAAUUGGGAGCCAAAUUUUCAGUGUACAUUUGAACGUCGAAUAGGAAAAAUUGGAGAUGGUGGCAAAUGGGUCUGUGAUCCCAAUCGUUUAGAGAAUAAGAAAUCAUGUUUAGUUUAUAGUGCAGGUAGUAACGGUGACUUUUCGUUUGAAAAAGAUUUGAAAUCACUACUACCUCAUUGUGAAAUUCAUACGUUUGAUCGUGGUAUAUUUAAAUGUCCAAAGCAUGUGUGUAAUUAUCAUCAAGCUCUAAUUGGAAACGGAAUUAAUGGAACAGAAACGAUUGAGAUGUUAAUGGAAAAGUUAAAUCAUCAAGAACGUGAAUUAGACAUUUUAAAAAUCGAUAUUGAAGGAAGUGAAUAUCCUCUUUUUACGCAAAUGUUUAAUCCAAAUAGUACAAAUAAAGUCUAUCCUCGUCAAAUAUUAUUUGAAAUUCAUAUUGGUCGCAAACAGAGUUAUGUUACUCAUCGAUUAUUUGAUUAUUUAAGACAGCGUGGCUAUGCAAUAUUUCAUAAAGAACCGAAUUUGAUAGGAGGACCAAUAUAUUUUGAAUAUGCAAUGCUAAGAUUAACUAAUAUUUUUACAAACUAG